AAACAACAAAAUGUAAAGACCCAACCCAAGAUCUUUAACUCCAAAUAAAUCUUGAUCGUGCAUAAGUACCAAUCACAGCAUUACACGAUCAGCCACUUUGGCACUGUUUCCCUUUUGUUUUAAACCUUUUUGAUCGUCUCUCAUUGGAUGUUGUCUUCUUUUAUCUGCUCACUUUUCUUUCUGACUCAGUUCCGUCUCUCUUUUUCUCUCUCGCAAUAUUGUCUAACCAAGUUCCUUUGCUGUGGGAGUUCUCGAAACUCGAACCACGUAAUAAAAAUGGCGAUGUGGGUCUUUGGAUACGGUUCUCUUAUUUGGAAAGCUGGGUUUAACUAUGAUGAUCGUCUUGUUGGUUUCAUCAAGGACUAUCGCCGUGUAUUCUAUCAAGGGAGUACUGAUCACAGAGGGACGCCUGAGUAUCCUGGGAGAACUGUCACAUUGGAGCCUGCUCCUGGGGAAGUCUGUUGGGGAGCUGCUUACAAGAUAUCCAAGGAGGAAGAUAAAGAAACUGCAAUAACGUAUUUAGAAGUGAGGGAGAAGCAGUAUGACAAGAAAGCUUAUGUUGAUUUCUUCACCGAUCCCUUAGCUACAACUCCAGCCAUUUCUGGAGUAAUGGUGUACAUAGCAUCUCCUGACAAGAAGCUUAAUCCGAACUACUUGGGGCCUGCUUCUAUAGAAGACAUUGCCAAGCAAAUUGUUCGUGCGGAAGGCCCCUCGGGACCAAACAGAGAAUAUCUUUUCCAACUAGAAAAGGCUCUUCUUCAGAUUGGUUGUAAAGAUAAACACUUAAUGGAUCUUGCAAACGAAGCAAGGCGCAUUCUUUCAGAAUCCGAGCAUACUGCAUCAUGAUGCAAAUUUGUUGGAAAGGAAAAAUGAGAGAAUAAAUCACAAACCUAGGAAAAAGCAUGAAUGGCAUUAUAGAUGUUAGCAUCAUGGAAAUUGCAUGUUCCUCCAUGUUUUGCUCUGGACCGGGACACACACCGAAACAUAGUUUCUUAUAGUGUGGGACACAGUCACCCCAAUUCUACAAACAAUAACUUCAUCCCCACAAGCAAACAGUUUCUGAAAGUGGGCGUUUUCCAUAUUUUUUUCCUUCAUUUCUAAUUCGGGUAUUUUUCCCUAUUAAACCUGCUUGUUCUUCGAUGACGAAAGCUAUGUUAACGUUUGAUUCAUCGUUGUCCCACUAUGAUGAUGGAUUUGUUUAUGAAAAAGUUAAUUAAAUAUGUAA